ACGUUGCGGCGUUGAGGAACAGUCACGGUGCCGGAUCGUUUAGUUUUACAACCGGGUAUAUAAAAGUGUGAGGAGAAACUCUUGAAAAAAAGUUCGAGAUCGGAAGGCAGUCCCUAUCAAAGAUAGGAAACAGCCAUGAUGAGAUUUCUGAAGAGAGAGUAAAGAUAAAUUUUUCCGAGCGAUUGUUAAAGGAGCUGUUCUCAAUAAAGAAAAUGGGCGGAAAGUCAUUUUUCUCACAAGUGCUUGUAUGAGAACCUCGCCUUGCAGAAAAAGUCGAGUAAUCAACUUAAAGAGUCACGACUAGUGUUGUAUUUCGGAGAACUGACGUUCCAAGUCAAAUUAUUGCAAUCGUAAAACUCAUGGCCUAAUUCAUUAUUCUCAUUAAAUAACUAAUUUUAAGCCACCAUUUUUCACGCUGAUUCUCCUACCAUUAUUUGCCAACAUCGAUAGAUUUAUCGGUAACAUGAGUUUGCUCACGACUGCAUUAAAAUAAACCAUUAGCUAAUUGGACAUCCCCUAAUGAAAGUGCUAAAUUUCAGGAAACAUUCUAGGAAUCCGUUAGGCAUUGGGAGCAGCUAUGGUGCGUCGUAACAGAAAAAGACUUUUUAAGUUAGUUCUGACUAUUUGUGCGGCAGUGUUUUGUGGAGGACUUCUCCUGAAAGCUGCUGUUACAUCAUUAGAGCUACAGACGUCUGUGAUGGUAGCAGUAGACCAUGAUAGAAGCGAACUUUUGCAGACCAGGAUGUCUGGGUUCUCUGGGCUAGCUCCGAAAGAACCUCUGAAGAAAUCGUGGUACGAGGCAACUAGCGUAGUAAUCCCCCAUGGCCCAGGUGAAAAAGGCUCUGCUUUCUAUCUACCCCCAGGAUUGGAGAAAACAAAAGAAGAACUGUAUAAAGAAAAUGGCUUUAACGCCUUGGUCAGCGAUUUUAUCUCCUUGAACAGGACUUUGCCGGACAUCAGACAUUCAAGUUGUAAGACUAAAGAAUAUUUGUCGAAGUUACCAAAGGUUAGCGUAGUGAUUCCUUUCCAUAAUGAGCACUGGACUACCCUUCUUAGGACUGUGACCAGCGUGGUCAAUCGGUCACCCCCUGAACUCAUCAAGGAAAUUAUUCUGGUUGACGAUUAUAGCACUAAAGCUCAGCUGAAAGCACCAUUAGACCAAUAUGUCAGACAGCAUUUCUCCAAUGUUCGUGUUGUUCGUGCAAACAAAAGAGAAGGCCUCAUUCGAGCAAGACUUUUAGGCGCCAAAGCAGCUAAAGGCGAUAUUCUUGUUUUCUUGGACUCCCAUACGGAAGCCAAUGUGGAUUGGUUGCCACCACUUUUAGAGCCUAUAGCGAUUGAUCGGAAAACUGUAGUAUGCCCCUUCAUUGAUGUGAUAGACUACGAAACACUGGCUUAUCGUGCUCAAGAUGAAGGUGCCAGAGGAGCCUUUGAUUGGGAGCUUUACUACAAACGGCUUCCAUUACUACCCGAAGACCUUAAACACCCAUCAGAUCCUUUCAAGAGCCCCGUGAUGGCUGGAGGACUUUUUGCUAUAGACCGCAGCUUCUUUUGGGAACUUGGCGGCUACGACGACGGCUUGGAUGUCUGGGGUGGAGAGCAGUAUGAACUUUCUUUUAAAAUCUGGCAGUGUGGAGGUCAAAUGUUCGACGUGCCUUGUUCUCGAGUUGGACAUAUAUACAGAAAAUUUGCUCCUUUUCCAAAUCCUGGAGUGGGAGAUUUCGUUGGAAGAAAUUACAAGCGAGUAGCAGAAGUAUGGAUGGACGAGUAUAAAGAGUUUUUGUACAUGAGAAGACCCCAUUACAGGGGAUUGGAAGUUGGAAAUCUGACCGAACAGAAGCAGUUACGAAAGAAACUUGGAUGCAAAUCAUUCAAAUGGUUCAUGGAAAACGUGGCGUUCGACCAGCCAAAGAAAUACCCACCCAUUGAACCCCCAGAUUAUGCCAAAGGAGAGAUUCGAAACGGAGCAGCGGAUGUGUGCAUUGAUACCAAGUUCAAGGGACAAAAUGAAAAAUUCGGCUUAGACAGUUGCAUCAAAGACAAUCCCAACCAAGGUGGAGAACAGCAAUUCGUGCUGUCUUGGCAUAAAGAUAUCCGUCCUGCAAAGAGAAAUAUUUGCUUUGACGUGUCAAGCUCAGAAAAGCAAGCGCCUGUAGUUUUGUGGAAUUGUCACGGCAUGCAAGGCAAUCAAUUAUGGAAGUAUGACAUGGAAAACCGUCAUCUGGUUCAUUUACUGACGGGCACCUGCUUAGAUUGUGAUGUGCAACAAAAGCAAAUUUUCAUGAAUCCUUGUGAUCCUAACAAAAAAACACAGGUUUGGAAGUUCGAAUCAGUCAAUGUAACUGCUAUUUUCAACUGGUGAACUCAAGUUUUUUUAAGCAAAUCAUUUGCGUCAAAUGACUUUUUUUUGUGUAACAGCCACAGAUCUACAAGUGAUAUUAUCAUUUUCUGCCCUGCUUCAAGGAAGAUUGGGAAAAGUUUCUACGAAAAAAAAAUAUUUUUUCAGAACCUAGAAAUAGGACGAUUCCAUAAUUUUAAAAAAAUGACGCAUCUUGAGAUUGUUGUUAAUAAUGAUGUCAUUAUUCUUACCAUCUGUGGUACCUGUGGUGUAUAUUGCAUUUUAUGGAAUUCUAUAUUUGUGUUUUGAUUGACGCAGUUUUUUUCAUCGAUGGUGCUGAAGGACAUUAUACUUACACCUACGUUUCUAGUUUACCAGUAUUAUAUUCUAAGAAAUAUAUGCAAGUAUCAAUAUUUGCAAAGAUUCAGCCAAGUACGCUUCUUUGUUUUCUAUAUUUUGUUUUCCUGCGAGAGAAUUAACCUUCUAAUUAUUUCUUUUUGUUAUUAUUAUUUAAUCAGGUGACAUCUCCCCUUUUGGGAAUUUGCUGUCUUACUGAUUCAAUUUUCCACACAACACUUGAGAUGUGUGUGGAUUAUGUGUCAUUUUUGUGCCGAUUGAUAUAGCCAUGGAAUGAUUUAAUUGCAAUUAUAAAAUUCAAUUAUUCACACAACGCUUGAGAUGUGUGGAUUAUGUGUCAUUUUUCUGUCGAUUGAUAGAGCCAUGAAAUGAUUAAAUUCAAUUAUUCACACAACGCUUGAGAUGUGUGUGGAUUAUGUGUCAUUUUUGUGUCGAUUUAUAGUGCCAUGCAAUGAUUUAAUUUAAUUAUCCACACAACACUUGAGAUGUGUGUGGAUUAUGUGUAAUUUUUGUGUCGAUUUAUAGUGUCAUGGAAGGAUUUAAUUGCAGCUUAUAUGUUUGAGAAGCUGUAAUUCAAAGCCCCCGCAUAACUCAUGGGGACAAAGAUUAAAGGGUUAAGAGCCCAUCUGUGACUUUUAAUAUAAUUUAAUUUGUUUUAACCCUGCAAGCAGGUUGAAACGAUUUUUUUCUGUUCUUAAUGUUGUUCUAAUGCUGUUAAGUCUAUUUCAGUUGUAUAUUUCUUUUAUAUAUAUAUAAAUGCGAAGGUAAAUCAUUUUUCAGAUUAAAGAAUUCGAUUGCAUUAAGGAAUGCAUGGUUUAUCCAUUAAAAUAUCAUUUUAUUUCAAUUAUAUUUAUGUUUAAAAUAACUGGCUGUUUGAAAGGUUUCCAUUGAACUAAAAUAGUUGUAGGGUGAAUGCUAUAGUUUAUAUUCUAUUCUAAUCAUGAUUUAAUAUUUUUUCAAUAAUUUCAGUACUGAAUAAGGGUUUAAUUAACUAAAUUUCAUCAUGCCUAAAAGAAGUUAUUUAUAAUAAACAUUCGAAAAUGCAUUAACCAUAUUAAGACAAAGAAAACUAAUUAUUAUUAAGACCUUCAGAUUAUUUAAUUGCAACUAAUAUGUGAAUGAAGGCAUCCGGAAUAACAAUUUAUUCAAAUUAAAAGGAAACGGGAAAAGGAAUGAUUAUGCUUGCUUUUUAAUUCAUCAAUAUGCUUUAAACCAAAAGGCCCUCUACAAAUUACUACUAUUUCAUCAACUAACUAUUUAAAAUAUAAAGGAAACCGUACAGCUGUUAUAAUAUUAAACACAUGAAAUUUCAAAAACAGUGGGUGCUGUGCCUUAAUUUUCUUUUUGUAUAAAAAAAAAUAAAAAUUAUAAUUUUUGUAUAUUUUAAAAAUUCCCGCAUGUGUAAAGAUAUAAUUAUGAGUUCACUCCUUUGUAUUUCAUGUCAUGAUGCUAAACAUAUA